AUGGCAGGCAGACAAGCAGGAGCAAAGGCUUUUAACCCUAAGCAAUACGAACGUCCAGGGCUAACUGAAGACGAAAUCGAAGAAAUUAAAGAAGCCUUCGAUCUUUUUGACACUGAUGGUUCAGGAACAAUUGACCCAAGAGAGCUCACCUCUGCCAUGCAAUCAUUAGGUUUCGAAGCUAAAAACCAAACCAUUUAUCAAAUGGUCAGUGACCUUGAUAAAGAUGGUUCUGGUGCUAUCGACUUCGACGAAUUCUUGGACAUGAUGACUGCCAGAAUGAGCGACAAAGAUACUAGAGAGGACAUCCAAAAGGUCUUCAGACUCUUUGACGAUGACAAGACAGGAACUAUCUCAAUCAAAAAUCUUAGAAGAGUUGCCAAGGAACUUGGAGAAACUAUGACCGACGAAGAACUCUUAGAAAUGAUUGAGAGAGCUGACUCAGACGGAGAUGGACAAGUCUCGUUUGAGGAUUUCUACAACAUCAUGACCAAGAAAGCAUUCCCAUAA